ACUUUUCUAAUACUCCCCGAAAGGCCGAAACACUCAAAUUUACACUUUGCCUAAAAAAUCAGUUAAAAACCCAAACUACAAAAUCCUCCAUUUCAGUUCAGAUUUCUGCGGAAAAACCAAUACCCAUCUCGAGAAAAUCUUGCAAAAAAAGAUGGCUUCGGCAAUGAGAAUUGUUUUCGGGCUUCUUACACUUGUCACAUGUGGAAUGAUUCUCGGAGCUUUGAUUCAACUAGCAUUUAUUCAUAGGAUGGAGGACUCACUUGACAGAGAAUCGUCUUUUGGCGGAAAGCAUGCAAGUCUAGCUGGCAACAAACAUCUGUUAGCAAGAGGAAUCUCUCAUUGGGGUUAUGACAAAGAAGCUGUAGCACUACGUAUAGGAUAUGUGAAGCCUGAAAUUAUUAGCUGGAAACCAAGAAUUAUAUUAUUUCACAACUUCUUAAGUGCAGAGGAAUGUGAUUAUCUUAGAUCGGUUGCCAUGCCCCGUCUUCAUGUUUCAACUGUUGUUGAUGCAAAAACUGGAAAGGGAAUUAAGAGUGAUGUCAGAACAAGUUCAGGAAUGUUUUUGAGCCCUGAUGAGAGGAAGUAUCCCAUGAUACAGGCAAUUGAAAAACGAAUUUCUGUAUAUUCUCAAAUACCAGUUGAAAAUGGGGAACUCAUUCAAGUGUUAAGGUAUGAAAAGAAUCAGUUCUAUAGAGCCCAUCACGACUAUUUCUCUGAUUCAUUUAACGUGAAGCGUGGAGGUCAACGAAUAGCAACAAUGCUCAUGUAUUUGAGCGACGGCGUUGAGGGGGGAGAGACAUACUUUCCUAUGGCUGGCACUGGUGAAUGUAGCUGCGGUGGCAAAAUGAUCAAAGGGUUAUGUGUAAAGCCUACUAAAGGAGAUGCUGUUCUCUUUUGGAGCAUGGGGCUUGAUGGACAAUCUGACCCUGAGAGUUUACAUGGAGGAUGUGAAGUACUCUCAGGAGAGAAGUGGUCAGCUACUAAAUGGAUGAGGCAAAGACUUGUAUCCUAAAUUGUUGAUAUAUCUUAAAAUUUUUUUGUUCUAUAGUGUAUCUUGAUAGGGGGAAAAAAAAGUAAGAAAGGGGACUUCAAAUAUCUUUUUGUAAAAUUAGCAACAAACGAACUAGGAAAUACAGUCAUAUAUAGUUUACUCAUUGAAGUAAACUUGAGCCAUCCUGGUAAAUGACUAGCAGAAUAGGGGAGAGAUAGCAAGGGAGAUUGCUUUUACUGCAUGUGAAAGGAAAAGGUUGCCAAUUUUUCCUGUCCUGUCCCUUAUACCAUACAAAGAAAGGAAAAUUGUUGUUGUUGAUUUUCUC